AAAAAUUGUUCUUAGUCAAAUGGACUCUGUUGAUUUGAUUCAAAACCCCCCAUAAAAUACAAAUCAAGAGUUAAGAGGUAAGUUGGAAUAGCGAGAAAUGGAAAUGAGAAAAACUCAAGUGAGGCAUCUUCUCAAGGACAAAAGAUUCUUGUUCGCCUCUUUCCUCAUAACCUGGGCCGCUGCUCUCCAGGGGCAUAUGAUGUGGCUACAGAGGCAAGAUUCCUUCAAGGAGAAGUUUGGGGAUCUUAAUACUGACUCGGAAUCCCAAGUUUGAGAGAGAGAAACAAAGCUGAAAGUGGAUAAAUAAGCAGAGAUAAUUUGAGGAAGCUUUGACUGGAUUUCGGUAAGCCAAGUCAAUUCUCCGAACGAAGGUGUUGUUGAGUAUUAAUCACUCUAUUGGCUAAAAUAGUAAAUCAUAUGUAAAGGUUGAACAACUGAACGGCAAUUAGCCUCCAAGCUGGCUGUUAAUAAACUUUACCUUAUUCUCAUCCGGGCUUUGAAA